AUGGCUAAGAUUAACACCCAAUACUCCCACCCCCACCCGCCCGGCCUGUGGGUGAGGACCGCAGACUGCGAUCUGGACCACCUGGAGAACGGCCUGAGCAGGACCGGCGCACCCGGCGAGGAGACACCCGCAGGACGGCAGCCAGGGAUCGCCAUGGAGACCGGAGGCCAGCCUGGACCCCGGCAGGGCGUCACUGCCCCCGGCCAGGAGCCUGCCAGGCUGUGGCGCCUCAUCGUCUCGCUGCGCAUCUGGGCCUCCAGACACGCACACCACCGGGACCAGCGGCCGGACGCCUUCCUGGAGCGUUUCCACGGGGCCCAGCUCAAGGAGGUGUCCAGCCGAGAAGGCAACGCCCAGAGCCAGGGCGGCCAGGAGCCGGCGGACAGCGAGAGGAGAAGGAAGGACCCCGCUGUGGUGGACCCCUCCAGCAAUGCGUACUACCGCUGGCUGAGCGUCAUCGCCCUGCCCGUCUUCUACAACUGGUGCCUGCUGGUGUGCAGGGCCUGCUUCGAUGAGCUGCAGUCCGAGCACCUGGCGCUGUGGCUGGUCCUGGACUACGCGGCCGACAUCCUCUACGGCCUGGACAUGCUGGUGCGCGCCCGGACAGGCUUCCUGGAGCAAGGCCUGAUGGUCAGGGACCCCCGGAGGCUGUGGCGGCAUUACACGGAGACCUUGCAGUUCAAGCUGGACGCGCUGUCCCUGGUGCCCACAGACCUGGCCUACUUCAAGCUGGGCGUCAACUGCCCCGAGCUGAGGUUCAACCGCCUGCUGAAGUUCGCCCGGCUCUUUGAGUUCUUUGACCGCACGGAGACGAGGACCAGCUACCCCAACGUGUUCCGGAUCGGGAACUUGGUUCUGUACAUCCUCGUCAUCAUCCACUGGAACGCCUGCAUCUACUUCGCCAUCUCCAAGUUCAUCGGCUUCGGCACAGACUCUUGGGUCUACCCCAACAUCUCGAACCCGGAGUACGGGCGCCUCUCCAGGAAGUACAUUUACAGCCUCUACUGGUCCACCCUGACCCUCACCACCAUCGGAGAGACCCCGCCCCCCGUGAAAGACGGGGAGUACCUCUUCGUCGUCGUCGACUUCCUGGUGGGCGUCCUGAUCUUCGCCACCAUCGUGGGCAACGUGGGCUCCAUGAUCUCCAACAUGAACGCCUCCCGGACGGAGUUCCAGGCCAAGAUCGACGCCAUCAAACAGUACAUGCAGCUCCGCAAGGUGACCAAGGACUUGGAGACGCGGGUCAUCCGGUGGUUUGACUACCUGUGGGCCAACCGCAAGACGGUGGACGAGAGGGAGGUGCUCAAGAGCCUCCCGGACAAGCUGAAGGCCGAGAUCGCCAUCAACGUGCACCUGGACACCCUGAAGAAGGUGCGCAUCUUCCAGGACUGCGAGGCGGGGCUGCUGGUGGAGCUGGUGCUGAAGCUGCGGCCUGCCGUGUUCAGCCCCGGCGACUACAUCUGCAGGAAGGGCGACAUCGGGAGGGAGAUGUACAUCAUCAAGGAGGGCAGGCUGGCCGUGGUGGCCGACGACGGGCUCACCCAGUUCGUGGUCCUCGGCGACGGGAGCUACUUCGGGGAGAUCAGCAUCCUGAACAUCAAGGGGAGCAAGUCGGGGAACCGCAGGACGGCCAACAUCCGGAGCAUCGGCUACUCCGACCUGUUCUGCCUUUCCAAGGACGACCUGAUGGAGGCGCUCACCGAGUACCCCGACGCCAAGAAGGCCCUGGAGGAGAAGGGGCGGCAGAUCCUGAUGAAGGACAACCUGAUCGACGAGGACCUGGCCAAGGCCGGGGCCGACCCCGAGGACAUCGAGGAGAAGGUGGAGCACCUGGAGUCCUCCCUGGACACCCUGCAGACCAGGUUCGCGCGGCUCCUGGCCGAGUACGGCGCCAACCAGGUGGCCGUGAAGCAGCGCCUCAGCCACUUGGAGAGCCGGGUGCGGCUCUGCGGGCCCAGCCCUCAGCCUGAGGGCGCCGUGCUGGCACCGGAGACCAAACGGCAGUGA